AUGAUCUUCAAACGGCAUGUUCUCGCUGGCCUGGUCACUCUGUCAGGCCAGGCCAUCUCCCAGACCAUCACACCGACACCGACGCAGACAGUGCCGGCUGCAAGCUUGACUGCUGUGUCUGAGUGCCACCUGCAUGGCUCAUCACUCUUUUGCAUGGCUGGUACAACUGAGUAUCUGGUCCACACGACCGUAACAGCCACCCAGGAUGUUCCCCCGCGGUUUACUGGGUGCCAUACCCAUGGCUCUGAGACGUUUUGCCUGGACUCUGAUGGCGGUGAUGUUGAAAUUUCUUUGGCUUCUGAUACUGUUGAGGGUGAUGACCAUGAUGACCACGACGACCAUGAUCUCCAUGUCGACGAGGAGCCGACUUCCUCAUCGACGGGCAAGAACUGCCACUUUCAUGCUGGUGUCGAACACUGUGUCGGUGAAGACGAGUCUGAGGCUAGCGAGGGCAGCUGCGAGAAGAUUGACCGCGACUACAGCGUUCGCCUUCGUGUGGGUCUGCUGUUUGUCAUGCUGGCUACCAGCUCGAUUGGUGUCUUCUCUCCCAUCCUGCUGGCGAAAUUCAUCUCAACGAAGCAUAUUGCCUUCACUGUCUUGCGCCAGUUUGGCACCGGCGUUGUCAUCUCGACUGCCUUCAUUCACCUGUUCACCCAUGCUGUUCUGAUGUUCCAGAACAAGUGUCUUGGAGAACUGGCGUACGAGUCCACUCCUGCUGCCAUCCUGAUGGCCGGCAUUUUCCUGUCUUUCUGUGUUGAGUAUGCCGGCAACCGUAUCGUCCAAUGGCACGAGUCCAAGGUGCACUCUUCCCACCCCGAGGAGGGUCUGCAUAGGCACCACUCCGAGCCUGCCGUCCGCACCGACAUGGUCAACAUCGCCGUCCUUGAAUGCGGUGUCAUCUUCCACUCUCUGCUCAUUGGCCUAACCCUCGUCGUCGCGGGCGACACCUUCUUCCUUACUCUCUUCGCUGUUAUCGUCUUUCACCAAAUGUUCGAAGGAAUCGCCCUCGGAACCCGUAUUGCGGCUCUCGGCCGCCCCUGCCCCACCUCCCGCGGCGUCGACAGCCACGGCCACGUCCAAGGUCACGGCCACGCCCACGGACACGAGCACUACCAUGACCACGAUCUUCAACACGACAGCCAUCCGCACAGCCACACGCCUGGUUCGGACCAUCACAACCACCACGCUCAUUCGUCAUCUUCGGAGGACAAGCCUAAGCACAACGGAAGCGGCGACGACUCCUCGCCCUCGAAGGACUCGGCGUCGGAGAAUGAGAGCGGUGCCGAAACCGGCACUAUCGUGCCCCAUGUCUCGUUGACGAGGAAGUUGCUGCUGGCGACAGGCUUCGCGCUCGUUACGCCGAUCGGCAUGGCCAUUGGCAUCGGCGUGCUGAAGAACUUUAAUGGGAAUGAUCCGUCGACAGUGAUUGCGAUUGGCACACUGGAUGCGUUGUCAGCGGGCAUUCUUGUGUGGGUUGGUGUCGUCGAGAUGUGGGCUCAUGAUUGGAUGCUUGGUGGCGAGAUGACCCGGUCGGGGCCAGUUAGGACCGUGCUUGGGUUUGCGGCGCUCGUGGCAGGGAUGGCGUUGAUGAGUUUGUUGGGGAAGUGGGCUUAA